GCGCUGAGGAGACGGAAAUUCAAGGUCAUGGCGAAACAUCUGAAGUUCAUUGCCAGGACUGUGAUGGUCCAGGAAGGGAAUGUGGAAGGUGCAUACAGGACUCUAAACAGAAUCCUGACCAUGGAUGGCCUCAUUGAGGACAUUAAGCGUCGGCGGUACUAUGAGAAGCCAUGCCGCCGGCGACAGAGAGAAAGCUAUGAAACCUGCCGGCGAAUCUACAACAUGGAAAUGGCUCGCAAGAUCAACUUCUUGAUGCGAAAAAAUCGGGCGGAUCCGUGGCAGGGAUGCUGAUGCCCGUGGAUAGGACACCCUGUGUGGAAACCCUCAUCCAGCUUGUGUCUUCAUCUCUCUUCUUUCUACAGCCCCAUUUUCUGUUACCUUUCUCUACAAUAAACUCAAUUACAUGUAUGCAAAAA